AUGGAAACCAGAUCUAGAAAGAAACGUAUAGGGCCGCUGCCCGGGGGCGAUCGCCGGGGCACACCUGGAGCUGACGCUGGGUGUCUCAGCAUGCGAUCCGUCAGUGGUGAGGAGUUGAGCAGGCGGGCUCCCACCAUGCAAUAUGCUACAGCCGACGAAGAAGUAGAUAGGAUAAAUAGCCCAUUAGAACCAUUCAGUCCAAGCACUGCUUCUUAUGUCCCGUCACUAUCAUCAUCCCCCUCCACAGUUAGUUUAAAUGCCGAAAGUAUAGUUUUUCAUCAACAUGUAUCAUCUGAUACGCCCACGCCUGAGGAUGUUGUGCAGGAGGCACUCGCCACUGAGCUUGCACCCGCCCCAGGCACAAGUCGUGCGCGCAAACGAUGGUCAGAAGAAAUGAAUAAAUUCAUCUGGCGCACGUACCUAAUAGCUACAAAACUGAAUACAAAUAAAAUUUAUCUCCAACAACUCCAUACCGAAUUCUCGUUAAAAUUCCCUGAUAUGCAAGCAUCUAGACAAAGACUCGGUGAUCAAUGUAGGGCCAUAGUAAGAAAUAAAUUACUGCCACAGGAAACACUUGACCAAAUAAGGGAAGAAGUCACAACUCAUCUACAAACAAACAGCACACUACAAUCUCACACAGAAACAAACACACAAAUACACACAAACACUCAGCAAGUGGGUGGACAGAGACGAAGAUGGACUACUGAACAAAAUGAAUCAAUUAUUAGACACUACUACAAAAUAACAGCGAUGGAACAAAAUAGAUCAGCUUAUCGUCAACCUCUCCAUCAGGCAGUCAUAACAGAACAUCCAGAACUAAGUGGUGUAACAGAACAGAGAAUCUCAGACCAACUACGGGUAAUAUUGAAUAACAAAAUGAUAACCGACCAGAGGCUCGACGAAAUACGAAGUGAGAUUGCCCAGGAAAUUAACUCUUACAAUAACGAAAAUAUCACGCUGCCAACAACGCAAAACGGAACACACACAUCUCAGUCAGAAGACACCCAAGAAACACAAAUGCACUUGUUACAAAAUAUACCUUCACAUGAAUUGAAUCUAUCAAUACACACGCAGUCACAUUCCCUCCCAACAGAUAGUCAGAACCCAGAACUUCAUCAAAAUCAAUUACCUGAUACCGAUGAUUUAGAGAAAAUUAAAGAUCAAUUCAAAAACACUUUUGAUAGGUUUCGUAACACUAGUCCUACCGACCGACCUUAUAUUCCAAAGCAAAAAACCUCUCGAAGACUAGCUGUUAUUGUAGAUGUAAUAAACACCAAAAUACUUCCUCAAUACAUUGCAAGAGAUCAAGAUUUCGAAACAACACAUACAAUCACCUAUUGUGCAGCCUACACAGCUGCUAUCUGUAACGGAGCUAAAAUCAGAGAAUCUGUUCUACCUACCCAGCCCACACAAACAAGAAAACCCGCGUGGCAGAAGAGACUAGAGAAAAAGAUAGAGUCUCUGAGAAGAGAUAUUGCUAGGCUGUCUGAAUAUGCAAGGGGAACUAGAAGCAAUAGACUAAUCUUACUAAUAGAGAUAAUAAAAAACAAAUAUCGUAUACACUCCCAACAUGAAGAACCCAACUUAAGCAAUGAUGAUUAUCUCGACACACUCAAACAAAAACUUAAUGCAGCUUGUAGUAGAUUAAAAAGAUAUGUUACCUGUACUUUACGAAAGAAACAAAACUCCCGAUUUGUUAAUAAUGAAAAGCAAUUCUAUAGAACACUCGCAUCAAACACACAGAAUAACACAAGCACAGAGGCACAAGAGAUACUAACACCACCCGCAGAGGAACUUCAUAGGUUUUGGUCAGGGAUCUGGGCAGAGCCAGUACAACAUAAUGCAGACGCUGAAUGGUUAGACGCAGAUGCUGACAUAGUUGAUAAAAUUACACCGAUGCAAUUUGAUCAUAUACCAAUAGAUGUAUUCGUGACAGUUCUUUGUAAAGCUCAUAACUGGAAAGCACCUGGUAGUGAUCGAAUACACAACUAUUGGUAUAAGAAACUUACAAUCCUACACCCUUUACUCCACAACCACAUAAAUAAUUUCGUUCAGACUCCAAAUUCUAUGCCCCACUUUGUCACGCAAGGCUUAACUUACCUGAUACCAAAGGAUAGCGACUACCAAAAUCCAGCAAAAUAUCGUCCCAUAACCUGCCUACAAACAAUAUAUAAAAUACUUACAGGAUGCAUUGCAGAACUUUUACACCAACAUAUCACUAUAGAUAAUAACAUUCUCGCAGAGGAGCAAAAAGGCUGCCGCAAGAGUAGCCAGGGUUGUAAAGAACAGUUAAUAAUAGAUUCCGUUGCCAUGAAAACUGCCUUCAGCAAGAAGAAGAAUAUAAACACAAUGUAUAUUGAUUACAAGAAAGCUUUUGAUUCCGUUCCGCAUAGCUGGCUUUUAAACAUCCUUCAUCGCUAUAAAAUACACCCACAAAUAACCAACUUCCUUGAGAACUCCAUGAAACAUUGGACCACGACCUUAAAAACAUUAGGACCUAACACUACGGCUACAAACGACAUUCCGAUACGUAGGGGCAUUUUCCAAGGGGAUGCCCUGAGCCCCCUGUGGUUUUGCCUUGCACUAAAUCCGCUCUCCCAUAUGCUGAAUAAAUCUCAAAUCGGUUACACCAUUAAGACACCACAAAAACACACCAAUCUUACUCACCUCAUGUACAUGGACGACAUAAAACUAUACAGUGACUCAACACACUCGCUACAUCGCCUUGCAGACAUCACUCAAUCUUUCUCCAACGAUAUACACAUGGAAUUCGGAAUCGAUAAAUGCAAGACCUUCUCUGUCAGCAGCGGCAAAAUAACCGAAAACAGUUACACUCUAGAUUCAGGCAACAUAAUCGAACCGUUAGAACCACACACAACAUACAAAUAUUUAGGCUUCCAACAAGCUAGACAGAUCAACCAAAAAGAAACAAAAGACAACCUGAAAAAGAAAUUUAAGCACCGCCUAAAUACCAUAAGCAGAUCUCAAUUAAAUUCACGCAACUCAUCUAAAGCCAUUAAUAGCUUCGCUAUCCCCGUCCUCACCUACUCGUUUGGGAUAAUCAACUGGUCCCAAGGCGACCUACUUAACCUGCAAAGAGUCAUAAACACCACUCUCACAGCUCACCGGAAGCACCAUCCAAGAUCUUGUGUGCAAAGGAUGACUCUCCCAAGACGUGAAGGCGGAAGGGGAAUCAUAGACGUUGUUAAUCUACACAAUAGACAGAUCACCAAUCUUAGACAAUAUUUCUACCAUCAUUCAGAACACUCAACACUACACGAAACUGUAACCCUCGCUGAUACCCACCUAACUCCCUUGAAUCUAGCCGAUCGAAACCCGCAGAAGAAUGAGAAAAUUACCGAUGCAAAGGAGAAGAUCGCCACAUGGAGGCAGAAGUCUCUACACGGGCGGCACUACCACGACCUGCAGCAACCCCAUGUCGACAAGAAUGCGUCGAACGCCUGGCUGCAGCGUGGUGAGCUGUUCCCUGAGACGGAAGCCUUCAUGAUGGCAAUUCAAGACCAGAUGCAUGCCGACACUGCCACUCAUCCCCUGAAACCAUUCAACACAUUACGUCUGCCUGCAGAUCUCUGGCGCAAACAGAUUAUAAACACCGUCAUGAUCAAGUAG